GCGAUUUCUUUUCACCCCCCCCCAGAAUACGUCUCUCUCGAGCUCCCCAGUCCACUCGCCGGCGAAACUCCCACCGGAAUUCUCAGCGAUCUCUCCGGAUUCUCUCUCUAUCUAUCUCGAUCUCUCUGUCUUCUCUCCUUGUAGGUUCGCCGACUGUUUUUCAUCUCACAUCUGUCUGAUCACGUCCUUCGUGUUGGUCUUUACGUUUUCCAUCGCAGCACCCGAGGAUUUUGUUGAAUUUCGCUCUUGUUGUAUUUGAAUCGUGCUCGUUCUUCCGUAAUUUUGAUCCAUGGGUGAUUAUUUGAGCGGCGAGGAGGAUUAUUAUUACUCCUCCGAUCAAGAGUCCCUUAAUGGGUUGGAUAACGAAGACUCCGAUUUGCUGUUAGCAUCGUCCAGAGAACCCACCACGAAGGUUAUUACAAAGGAAUCACUUCUGGUGGCACAGAGGGAGGAUCUUCGAAGGGUGAUGGAUUUAUUAUCGGUUAAGGAGCACCAUGCUCGUACUCUUCUUAUUCAUUACCGGUGGGAUGUAGAGAAGUUAUUUGCAGUUCUUGUUGAGAAAGGGAAGGGUAGCUUGUUUGCUGCAGCCGGUGUCUCUGUUCAUGAGCAUCAACAGGACAGUUCAUCCUUGUCUCCUUCGACAACAAUGACUUGUGACAUCUGCAUAGAGGAUGCACUGGGUGAUCAGAUAACGAGAAUGGACUGUGGCCAUUGCUUUUGCAAUAACUGUUGGACAGUGCAUUUUAGUGUGAAGAUAAACGAGGGUCAGAGCAAAAGGAUUAGAUGCAUGGCUCAUAAGUGCAAUGCCAUUUGUGAUGAAGAUGUUGUCAGGAGAUUGGUUGGUAAAAGCCGUCCAGAUCUUGCAGAGAAGUUUGAUCGUUUUCUUCUGGAGUCGUACAUUGAAGACAACAAGAAGGUAAAGUGGUGUCCGAGCACUCCGCAUUGCGGGAAUGCGAUACGUGUUGAGGAUGACGAGUUGUGCGAGGUAGAAUGUUCCUGCGGUUGUCAGUUCUGUUUCAGUUGCUUGUCUGAAGCCCACUCCCCUUGCUCUUGUUUGAUGUGGGAGCAAUGGAGAAAGAAAUGCCAGGACGAGUCCGAGACUGUUAAUUGGAUAACCGUUAACACGAAGCCGUGUCCCAAAUGUGUCAAACCUGUUGAGAAGAAUGGCGGGUGCAAUCUCGUCACGUGUAUUUGUGGGCAAUCAUUUUGUUGGUUAUGUGGUGGAGCCACUGGAAGGGAUCAUACUUGGUCUAGAAUCUCAGGUCAUAGUUGCGGCCGGUACCAAGAAGACAAGGAGAAACAGAUGGAGAGAGCUAAAAGAGACCUUUAUCGGUAUAUGCAUUAUCAUAACCGAUACAAAGCACAUACCGAUUCCUUCAAGCUAGAGAGUAAACUCAAGGAUACGAUCCUUGAAAAAGUGUCGAUUUCAGAAGAGAGGGAGUUGAAACUUAAGGAUUUCAGCUGGGUUACCAAUGGACUCAAUCGGUUAUUCCGAUCAAGGCGAGUUCUUUCGUAUUCAUACCCUUUUGCGUUUUACAUGUUCGGAGAUGAGCUGUUCAAAGACGAGAUGACGGCUCAGGAGAGGGAAAUAAAGCAGAAUCUCUUCGAGGAUCAGCAGCAACAGCUUGAGGCUAAUGUCGAGAAACUUUCCAAGUUCUUGGAAGAGCCAUUUGAUCGGUACACGGAUGAUAAGGUCAUGGACAUUAGGAUCCAAGUCAUCAACCUCUCUGUCACGGUCGAUACCCUCUGCAAGAAAAUGUAUGAGUGCAUCGAGAACGAAUUACUGGGCUCUCUCCAACUCGGCAUCCACAAUAUCGCUCCUUACAACUCGAAAGGAAUCGAGAGAGCAUCCGACUUUUAUACGUCUAGGAAUUCCAAGUGACCUAAAGAAAUGAUCCCGAUGAAUCUUUUUUCCUCUUUGUUUUUUUUUGGCGUGUGUGCAGAAGGAACUUCAAGGAUUGAACGGGCCUCGGGAUCGGGGAACUCGGAAGAAACCAGUUGCUCCUCCAAGAAACGAGCCCGGAAAGACGGAACCUUUGGAGGCGGCAGCAGAAAAGGAGCCUUGCUCGAUCUGAACUUGCCUGCAGAGGUCAUAGACCGGAACUGAGCUUACCCUUCUCCUCACGGUAACGCCUUUUUCCCCGUCCGAAUAAUGUGUAUAGCUCCUAACCUGAGCCCCGAUUCCUCCCCUCGCCCGUUGCGAUAUUUUUUCUGCGGAUUCGGGGAAAAGGGUAAGAAGGCUGCUACCUCGUCCUCUUGCUUUUUUGGUUUGGGAUUAUAUAUAUAUCCAACUCUGGCUUUUGUUUUGGGAGGGAAUCCUGUCUGGUGGACGUUGUUCAAAGGAAUGCUUAUUAUAGGGUUCUUCUCUGUACAUCUCUCUCUCUCUCUCUAUCUAUCUAUCUCUAUACUCA